AUGGAUGGAUAUAGCAUUUCUGGUUCAGAGGACAUUGCUCCAAACGAACCGGGUCAAUACCGUCCACCAGCUGAUCUCUACUCUUACCUGAGCGUGGGGGAUAUCUACGAUGUGAGAUAUAUUUCCUCAGAGCACAGGUGGUCUUUACACUCUGAGCGCAUGCAGCCGGCAGACUUCGAGAAUUCUCCAGUGAACCAUCUGACCGAGCUCCAGUCAGUGUCACCUCAACAGCUCACUCAGCCUUUCCGCUUCAGCACUGAUGGGUUGCCUCUUCAUUUAGACCCACCACUGAUCCCUCUGUCAGUGUCCCCACAGAUUCCAUAUUAUGGUCCAGCUUUGUGCUACCAGUACCCACCAGCCCCCUCCCCUGUCCAGUACUACUCAGAGGAGGAACAGAGGGAUGUUAGCCCACCACUGGAGGUGUCUGAAGGAGAAGAUGACUAUGAACCCCACAGGUUGUCAUCUAUAAGGAGAGAUGCAAGCAACAAGAAGAAGAUUCGCUUGUACCAGUUCCUUCUAGACUUGCUCCAAAAUGGUGAUAUGACUGACAGUAUUUGGUGGGUGGACCCGGACAAGGGGAUCUUCCAGUUUUCCACGAAACACAAAGAGGUCCUGGCCGGUCGAUGGGGAAUCCAGAAGGGAAAUCGGAAGAAAAUGACCUACCAAAAAAUGGCAAGGGCACUCAGGAACUAUGGUAAAACAGGAGAAAUUAAAAAAGUUAAGAAGAAGCUAACCUACCAGUUCAGUGAAGAGGUGCUGAGAACGCGCUAUCUUCGCCACUUCUCCCACUGA